AUGCUCACCGCUUUUGCCGGGACAUCAUUCCUUGUCACAGGACCCGCCGUGAUUGGUGAUCUGUACCAUCCUACGGCACGCGCCACAGCUAUGGGGUGGUUUUUGUCCGGCACUUUGAUCGGCCCCACCAUCGGACCCGUCUUGGGCGGCAUUAUCGUGACUUUCACUUCCUGGCGCGCCAUCUUCUGGCUUCAAACGGCCCUGGCCGGCGUGGGCGUGGGCGGUGCCGUCUUCUUCAUGCCGGAAACCCUACAGAAGCUCAAGAGCACGGAUCUCAAGGGCCUGCCAAUGAACAAGAAAAUCAGCGUACUGUGGGAAAUGACUAAUCCUAUCCGAGUCGUCCGACUCUUCAAGUUCCCGAAUCUGAUCCUGGUUGCUGUUGCCAGCGGAUCUCUCGUCUGGAACAUGUACGGCAUGCUGACGCCUAUUCGAUACGUUCUCAACCCCCGAUUUGCGCUCACCUCCCCUGCGCAAUCUGGAUUGUUUUAUCUGGCCCCCGGAUGCGGAUAUCUCGCCGGGACUCUCGUCGGUGGACGGUAUGCCGAUUAUACCGUUCGGAGGUGGAUUGCCGAGCGCCACGGACGUCGCAUCUCCGAAGAUCGACUCCGAUCAUGCCUUCCCUUCCUGGGGCUAGUACUACCUGGCUGUAUGCUCAUCUAUGGGUGGACAGUCCAGCAACGAGCAGGCGGGGUUGCAGUGCCCGUCAUUUUCAUGUUCCUCGGUGGUGUCGCGCAACUGUUUUGUUUUCCUAGUCUGAACACGUACUGCUUGGACGUCAUUCAAGGCCGGAGUGCAGAGGUGAUUGCGGGUAAUUUCAUGGUUCGAUAUCUUUUCGGUGCUGCAGGAUCAGCCGUGGUACUGCCUGCGAUCAAAAAGAUUGGCGUGGGAUGGUUCAGCACAAUAUCGUCUGGCUUUUUGGUGAUCGGUGCCAUGAGUGUCUGGUCUGUGGCUCUUUGGGGCACAAACUGGCGCAGGAGGAUCGAUGAAAAGACCCAGCAAUCUGAAACCUAG